CUGUCCCCAGCAUAAAGAAGCCCUGUGCGGUGUGUCACGGGACUGGUUUUGCAUACUGCUUGGCCAGGCCUGUGGCACCGCCCUCGGGUGUACCCUGUGCUAUAUUAGUCCUUCUCAAACAGGAAGAAUUUUCUUUUGCUCCAGCAGCUCCUCCGAUUACCUUCAGGAAGAUUGGAUAACCAAGAAAUGCCUACUCAAGAUUCUGCUGUACUUGCAAAUAUGAUGCCAGAAUUUCAGAGAAAUUCAGUUCGCAUCAAGAACCCGACAAGAGUGGAAGAAAUUCUCUGUGGUCUUAUUAAAGGAGGGGCUGCUAAACUUCAGAUAAUAACAGACUUUGAUAUGACACUGAGUAGAUUUUCCCACGAAGGGAGAAGAUGCCCAACAUGUCAUAAUGUAAUUGACAACUGUAAGCUGGUUUCAGAUGAAUGUCGAAAAAAGCUGUUAGAACUAAAAGAAAAAUAUUAUUCAAUUGAAAUUGAUCCUUACCUAACCAUAGACCAGAAGUGUCCUCACAUAGUUGAAUGGUAUACUAAAUCACAUAGCUUGCUGGUUGAACAAGCUAUACCAAAAGAUAAACUUAGAGAAAUUGUGGCAGAAUCUGACAUUAUGCUCAAGGAAGGCUAUGAGACUUUCUUUGAUAAGCUCCAUCAACACAAUGUCCCUAUGUUCAUCUUUUCGGCUGGAAUUGGUGAUGUACUAGAGGAAGUUAUCCGGCAAGCUGGUGUUUAUCAUCCAAAUGUCAAAGUAGUGUCCAAUUUUAUGGAUUUUGAUGAUGCUGGAGUGCUCAAAGGAUUUAAAGGAGAACUGAUUCAUGUAUUUAACAAACAUGAUGGUGCCUUGAAGAACACAGAAUAUUUCACUCAGCUAAAAGACAAUAGCAACAUAAUUCUCCUGGGUGACUCCCAAGGAGAUUUGAGAAUGGCAGAUGGAGUACCCAAUGUUGAAUAUGUCCUCAAAAUCGGAUAUCUCAAUGACAGAGUGGACGAGCUCCUGGACAAGUACAUGGACUCUUAUGACAUUGUUUUAGUCAAGGAUGAGUCAUUGGAGGUAGCCAACUCUAUCUUGCAGAAGAUUCUGUAAGGACGUGUUUUUCAAGAAGGACUCCUUCCUUCAGGUGCAAUUUAUGCAAGAGCUGUUCAUCUUGCCGACUCUUGUUUUAGAUAUGCUCCAGCUCUUCAGUUUCUCCUUUACAUUACUGACACUCCUUCAGACAAGUGACUCCAUCGACCGGAAGUCCAACCUCACUCGACACUCCUUACCAUAUUUGCAGUAGAUGAAAAGAAAAGUCCUAAAGCCAAAGUUUGAAAACAAUAACCCCAUGUCUCCAGAGUGAAUUUCGUAGUUUAAUGUUAUCAGAAAGUUUCUGACAAGACUUUUUUGCACUGAGAAACUUAUAGAAGUUUUAAAAGUUUUAUGAAAUGCUGAAACAUACAUGACUUAAAAAUAUUGCCCUUUUUUAAAACUGAGGAGACUUGUGCUAAUAAUAAUCACCCUUUGAAAUGUGUGUUAUUUUGGGUAUGCUGUUUGGUGUGAAAUCGAUACCAGAAAAUAUUGCUACUUGAUGUUUGAAAAAAUACUGGUGUCUACACAUCACUAAUUAUUAUAAAAUGUUCUGUACCUGAGGCACUGGUAAUAAACAUGAAAUGGAAA